AUGAUGGCGCAUCGGGCUGCUUUAGGACGCGCUGUACGUUCAGGCACUGCUCACUGCUUUAUCCCAACGCCCGAUGGGCAGAAGAACUUCCACGACCCCUCUUUGCCUCCACCUCGUCAACCAAUUGGACAAGUGGAUAAACCCCGGCCCCUUCUAGAUCCGUAUGCAUACAAGCACAGAAGCGCAAACAGGCAUGCACUCGUCACUGCUCCGCUAUUUGGAGUCCGACUUACCAUCGGGCCUGAGCGUAAAGUGGCAGUCGCUUCCAUCAGAAAUGGUUCAGUGCUUCCCCUGAAAAGAUUGAGCAGCAAGUGCCUGGACCAACCUGUCUUGUCUAGUUAG